AUGGAGGAGGGGAGAGAGGAUAGGAGAGAGGAGGGGAGAGAGGAGGAGAAAGAUGCGGGGAGAGGGGAGGGGAGAGAGGAGGGGAGAGAGAAAGAUGUGAAGAUGGGUGUAAGGGGGGGUGCUGCAAUUGUAGAGGAGGGGUGUGAUAUGUGGGGCAGAGAGGAAGGAGGAAGCCGUGUGGAUAUGGAAGGUGGGAAAGAUGGGGCAGUUGUGAAAGAUGGGGCAGUUGUGAAAGAUGGGGCAGUUGUGAAAGAUGGGGCAGUUGUGAAAGAUGGGGCAGUUGUGAAAGAUGGGGCAGUUGUGAAAGAUGGGGCAGUUGUGAAAGAUGGGGCAGUUGUGAAAGAUGGGGCAGUUGUGAAAGAUGGGAAAGAAGUGUGUGGGGGAGGCGCGGGUGGUGUGUACAUCGAGGUGCACCAUCCACUGCCAGAGCUGGAGGAUAACAGCCAUUCAAACUGUGGGGGAAGGGCAGGUGGCGAGUGUGUAGAGGUGCACCAUCCACUGCCAGUGCUGGCUGUGCACGUGUGGGUUGAGCAGAGAAACAACUCAGAUUGUCCUUAUUUUGCCAGUGGUCACUCAGAAAAGGUGCAUUUAGAGGCACGUGCAGGUGGUGGUGCGCUCCAUUCGAGCCUGGAGGCAUUUCAAAAGCCGCAUGUGAAUGGAGGAGCGUGCAUCGCUGUGUGUUUGGGGAAGGAGGGAGAGGAAGAGCGGCUGAUUGUGGUGUAUGCAGCGACGUGUAGCAGCGAGCGGAGUGCCGUGGCAGGGAGUGGUGUGGGAGGGAUAAGGCCACAAGAGACAGCAGGAGGAAGUGCGGAUGAAAACGCGGCAGGGAUGGAAGAGCUGGGAGCGUGUCAAGAAGCAGCAGGGCAUGGGGUUCCAUGGUUCAGACUGGUGGGCAGCUUUGGCGUGAAGGUCGACCUUGAAGAGGCACGGAGGGAGGCUGGUGGGCUGGUGGGCAGCUUUGGAGUGAAGGUCGACCUUGAAGAGGCACGGAGGGAGGUGAGUGGGAAGAGAUGA